UAACAAAAAAGCGAAGAGGAAACUCAACAUGAUGGCAUUAAUGAGGUCUCUGCUAUGUUUUAUCUUGCUGAUGGUAAUGUGGAAGAUCCCUUUAUCUGUUGGAAAUUUGUUCACGCGUGAUGUCCUCCAAUCGAUACUAACAGAAAAGUGUGAGCCAGUGCCCUUGGCCGUUCAGUUAAUCUGCUUCAGACGUCGUUACCGAACUUAUGACGGCUCGUGCAAUAACUUGUGCAACAUUACAAAAGGCAGUGCCCUCAGACCGUUUGCCCGCCUUUUACCGCCAGCUUACGAAGACGGCACGUAUGCACCUCGAACACUCGGAUCGAACAACGAGUCACUUCCGAACGCAAGGAACAUCAGCACGAUUGUGUUCGUCAGCUCGACAGGCAACGACGACAACAUGACACCGAAUUUCACUCACGUAACAAUGACGUGGGGCCAGUUUUUAGAUCAUGACAUCACUUUAACCCAAGGAAACAACACAGCUGAUUGUGGAAAUAACAGCCUUCCUUGCAGGGGACACGACGAGGGAUGCAUCAGCAUCGACAUACUUAAGGGGAAUGAAUUGAAAGAUAACCGAAGUGCAGUUUGCAUUCCACUGCGUCGGUCAGCCAUACAAGACGGCGAACAGGUAAAUUUGGUGUCAGCUUUCAUUGAUGGAUCCCAGAUAUAUGGAGCAAACAGAAGAGAAGCUGAUCUCCUUCGUGACCGCACAGCUAACCUUGGUCUUCUUCGAGUUGCUUCAUUCCCAUUGAGCUCCGCCAAAUCUCCUCUCCUGCCAAAAGCUGAGGCACAGACAUUCUGUAGGUCUCAUAAUCCUACGAAAAAGCCUUGUUUCUUGGCUGGCGACCAUGCAAGAGUAAAUGAAAACCCAGCAUUGGUGGCCAUGCACACAAUCUGGGCUCGCGAACACAAUCGUAUCGCAAACUAUCUUCAUGUUCUUAAUCCACCAUGGCAAGAUGAGAGGCUAUUCCAAGAGGCUCGAAAAAUUGUGAUCGCUAAGUUACAGCACAUAACAUAUAACGAAUGGCUCCCUAUCUUUUUCAAUGAAGAUCUGCGAAGACGUGCAAACAUCUUACUAGAACCAAAAGACACUUUUUUUAGUGGUUAUAACUCGCAAGUUAACCCAGAAAUAACGAACGCCUUUGCUACGGCAGCUUUGAGAGUUGGUCACACCUUAAUAAAAGACAACUUGGGACAAUUUGGUAGGCAAUUCAGACAGCGUGGGUCAAUUUCAACCAAAACUUUCUUCGACCCGUCACCUUUGUAUGCAAAGAGUGGUAAUGGUUUGACUGGAAUCCUUUUAGGACUUGUGACCCAAACGUCUCAAAAAGUGGAUAGGUUUUUUGCACCAGCCGUGCGAGAGAACCUCUUGAUGAAAGGCUCAACAUUUGAAGGUAUCGUGGGCGAUCUCGCCGCCAUAAACAUCCAACGUGGCCGUGAUCACGGUUUACCCCCAUACAACCAGUUCAGGGGUAUGUGUGGUCUGGUGCGUGCCGCGUCCAUUGACGAUCUCACGAACAUAAACGCGACACAGAGGGAACGACUACGAAUGGCAUACAAUGAUAACGUAGACGACAUAGACUUGUAUGUAGGGGGAGUAAGUGAGGCCCCUUUACCAGGAAGCAUACUAGGUGGAACUUUCUCUUGUAUUCUCACCAGAGGAUUUGAAAAUCUUCGCGUUGGAGACCGGUUUUGGUACGAGAGGAACGAUUCCUACACUGGAUUUACCACAGGUCAGCUGAAUGCAAUAAGAAAUGCAACUCUAGCUCGAGUUCUGUGCGACAACUCGGAUGGAAUUCUGAAAAUUACCCCAAAUGUUUUCCGCGAGAGGAGUGGGUCCAAUAACCUGACGUAUUGUGAUGACUUAAGAGUUGUCAACUUAAAUGAAUGGAUGGAAGAACCGGGCCACAACGAAUCUUGCCAAUAUGAGACUGUCGCUAAGGAUGUUAUCCCUCAGGAUGUAAAGUUUUCUGACGCCUCUACAUCUGUAUAACUAUAUUCUCUUAUGAAGAAAGGGGAUAAAUUUCUGAAGAAACUGUGGUGCUGCGUCGGUGGGAGAGUAUAACAGGUAAUUUAGUGUGAGCAACUAAGUUGAAAAUGUAAAUUGGUCAUCGUAAGGAGUUUAAAGGCUGACGCUUCGAGCGUUAGCUGUCGUCCAUCGCCGUGACGAAAGGGCUAACGCUCGAAACGUCAGACUUUAAACUCCUUACGCUGGUCAAUUAACAUUUUCAAUUCAGUUGUUAACACUAAAUUACUAUAUACUCUUAUGGACAGGUCUUCCAAUUCGGUUUUUUCCAGUUUUUCAAGAUUCCUCUUUACAACUUUAUAACAAACUGCAUACUAGAAAUGUACAUUUCUGAUUGAUACAACCACAAAUAUAUACUGCCUAUCACGGUCUAUUCUUCUGGACUACAAUGAUCUAUUUUGAUACAAACCAUCAUGAUUUGUGGGAAGGAAAAAUUAACUUGAAGAUAUUUGCAUCACCGUUCAAACCCCUUGUAAUUCAACAAGUUUUAAAAUGGCUCAUGAUAAAAUAACCAUCGACAACAAUUGAUGCCGGUGCAGUGAUAAAAUGGAAAACGUAAGUUAACGAGAAAAAGAUGAAUAUCAGAAAUCUACGUGUCCUUUUCGAAUUUUCUUUUUGAUAUCAUGUACACCAGAUGAAAAUAAAACAAAAUGUAAGCUCAUGCAAGGGCUUUUAUUGACUUUA